ACAGUGCAAUUAGCACCAAAAAUCUACCCAUCACUGUAAUUAAGGCCUUUGGUGCUGACACAGGCAGUGUGGCUGACCGGCUCCUCGCUCACGGAGACACGGAGAUCCGUGGGGAGGUGACGGCGGGCAAAGGAGGGCAAAGUCAAAGCACAAACGUUUUUCCUCCCCCUCGCCCUUUGCCCCCCUGCCUUUACGGCCGCGUUCCCAUGGGAAGCGACCUGACCUCCUCCUCCUCCGGCACCAUGUCAGGACUCAGGAUACUCCUCCAGAAAAUCCUGAUUUUUCUGCAGGUCACCACGUGCGUCGUCAUCGGGAAAACCCUGAUGAUCCUGUUCCCCGGGGCCAUGAAAAGAUACAUCCUCAAACAGGGCCAGAAGAGCAGGAUGAACCAGAACCCGAAGUUCAGCUACGAAAACUGGGGGCCGACCUUCUUCAGCUUUAAGUAUUUGCUCUUUGUGCUGAAGGUGAAGUGGAAGAGGCUGGAGGACGAAGCCUACGAGGGACACCCCGCUCCCAACACGCCGGUGGUGACUUCUAAGGGGGAGGUUCGUCGCCUCCUGGAUUUCAUGCGAGAUAACCGACCCUUAAUCCUGAAUUUUGGAAGUUGCACCUGACCUUCGUUUAUGUUGAAAUUUGAUGAGUUCAACAAGCUCAUCAAAGAUUUCAACUCAAUAGCAGAUUUCCUUAUCAUCUACAUCGAAGAAGCUCACGCAUCAGAUGGAUGGGCUUUCAAAAACAAUAUUGUUAUUAAAAAUCACAGAAGCCUUGAAGAUCGAAAAAUCGCAGCACAAUUCCUUCAGAAAAAUAAUCCUUUAUGUCCAGUGGUUUUAGACACUAUGGAAAACCCCAGCAGUUCAAAAUAUGCUGCAUUGCCAGAACGACUGUAUGUACUUCAAAGAGGGAAGGUCAUCUACAAGGGAGGAGUGGGGCCUUGGAAUUAUCACCCCCAGGAAAUACGCGCCAUCCUGGAAAAGAUGACAAAGAGGAAGACUUCAGAAUAAAGGCUAGCUGGAUAAAAAUGCUCAAUGAGGAAGUUUUCAUAGAUGUAAGAACGAAGAAAAAAAGAAUUUAAAAAUGACAAUAGAGACAACAAGGAAAAGAACCCGAAGACAUUUGCGUUUGUCUAGAGGUUUUCAAGUCUCAUUGCUACAGCCCCAACUACUGCACUGUAGGAUCUUCCUACGCUUACACCACAUGGAAUAAGGAAGACCAGUUGGGUCCAUUGAGCUGUUAGGAUUUGUAAGGAAUAUCAUGCAGGAUAAAACCUCAGGGGUGGUGACAUCUGCAAAAGUCAACUGGCAGAAGUGCAAAAGAACUGAUUUCACGCAAUUAAGAUUCUCUUUCUCUUACAUACAUACAAUUCUCCUAAAUGUUCACUUUCACUGACUUCAGAAGGCUUCUGAGCAAGACAAUCUCUAUCAACAUUUGUUUCUAUUAAUAUUUGUUAUGACAGUCAUAGCAUAAAGCACGGGCGGCUGUGACCUGAUUGUAGAAAAUAUUUAUAGAAACAAGGGAUUGAUUUGCAGUUAUUAAAAACCUAUCAGAGCACCUCA